UAUAAACCCGCGAGAAGGAAACGGAAAGCUCAUCUGAACGUUCGUUUUUAGGGGAAGCCCUCGAAAUUGCUUUCGUCUCCCUUUCUUUCUUUCUUUGGAUCGAGAACGAAAGAAACCUUUGUGGUUGAUGAUGAUCGCCGCAGAGAAGGAAGGAAUCGCCGAAGACGCCGGAGACCCGGCAGCGGCAGAUCCCCGGGCCGCCUUGCCUUCUCCUCCGCUGCUCUCCCAAAACCGACGUCUCCAUAAUUUCUCGUUCCCGACUCUCAGCUGGCGUGGCCAGCGCUUCCUCCGCUGCUCCAAACUUUCCGACGUCGCCACAACCGAGCCCGCUAGAUCGGCCGAUCAGGACCACCGGACCUCCCAGAUGAAAUCUUCCCCGCAGAGGCCGUUGCCGGUCGCCCGGGAUCCGAAGGAGGAGGCGAGAAGAGGGAGGGAAGGAAAGGAGGCGGACAAGGCAUCCUCUUGUGCGGCUACCGUGGCAGAGGCCACAAGACCCUGGAACUUGAGGACGAGAAGGGCCGCUUGUAAUUUCCCAGCUGACCGGUAUGGUAAUCAUGGUUCUAUUUAUGAGGCUACAGCGAUGGAGACGAUUGAUCCUCCGAUGAAGACGGUGAGGCUGCAAUCGGAUGAGUCGAAGAAGGGUGGGAUGGAGAAGUUCUCGAUCUCUCUGUCUCGUUCGGAGAUUGAGGAGGACUUUUUCGCUAUCAAAGGGACGAAGCCCUCUCGGCGACCAAAGAAAAGGGCUAAGAUUGUUCAGCGAGAACUAGACUCACUUUUCCCUGGUUUGUCGUUGUCAGAAAUAACCCCCGACUCGUACGAAGUUGUUGAAUAAGGUCGUGCAAAAUCCUUUCUGAGCUUGAAGAACCUGAUGAAGAGAGGCGCCUUUCCGGGAAAACCCUUAAGGUUUUCAAUUGCUGCCUAAUCCUGUACGCUUGCAAUCAUGGCAACUUGGUUAUGUAGCACACCUUGUUACUCUGUAAAUUAUACGGGAUUGACAACUUGCUGCUGCAGCAUUUCGAAACCAGGUGAAUGGACCAAAGUUUUGUGGAAUGAGAAGAAGAAAAGAGCUAAAGAAUACUUGUAUAAAUAUUCACAAUGGUCAUAGCAGGAAAUAAUAUGCUGUAAGCAUGAAAACUCAUCUUGAAUACUGAUGGGAAAUACUGUGUUUUUUUUUUUUUUUUUCUUUCACACAUGAUAAGCGGUGAGUAUAGGAUUCCAUCCCAUGACUUUUUUUAUUUUUUAUCAAUAGUCAAGGAUUAUUAUUAUUAACCUCCAUCUUAACAUGGAAUUUGGGAGAUGCUUCCAACAGGGAUCAUAGUGCAAAGUGAUGGAGAUUUAUUUUUAAGUGUCAUUGCAUGCAUAAUAGCAUCGGAUUGGUAGCAUAUUCUAGCAGCAAAGAUCUAAUUUGAGUGACCACAACAACUCAAGGUGGGGUUCCGACUACAGAUGGGCUUAUAAUGAUGGGCCACUCCCCGUUUUCCAUUGGGCUAAACAUCUCGCGUUAUACGUUACCCUCAGCACGUGACAGUUGCCCGUGUCUUGAAGCAGCAUACGGCCAUGGGAGACGGCGCAGGGUAGUAGGGAUUAGCGACUGCUUUCCACCGCCAUGGCAGCAGCUGUUUCUCCUCCUCUCGUCGGCGCAUCCCCGCUCCUUUCCCUCCUCCCACCACCCAGAAAACGAUCCGCGGUGCCCCGAGCCGCCGUCUCUGCCUCCGCCUCCGCGAGAGCCAAGGCCUGCUCGUACCAGCUGAGGGAAGGGCAAUUUCGCCGUUUCCACCGCCUGCCCUCUGGCCUGGCCAUAGAGGUCAUCUUCCAGGAGGCUCAGGCCGCGGCUGCGGCAGAAGAAGGUCUCCGGAAUCCGCCGCUGGUUUUCAUCCAUGGGAGCUUCCACGCGGCCUGGUGCUGGGUCGAGCAUUGGCUGCCUUUCUUUUCCGACUCCGGUUACGACUGCUACGCCCUCAGUCUCUUGGGUCAGGGUGAAAGUGAUGUUCCAUCAGGGGCGGCCGCUGGUACUCUUAAGACACAUACAAGUGACGUAGCUGAUUUUAUCCGAAAAGAAGUCAGAUCACCACCUGUUUUAAUUGGGCAUUCGUUUGGUGGCCUCAUUGUUCAGUCUUAUAUUUCAAACAUGACAUAUAGCUACUCCUCCGAACAACCAUCUCUUUCUGAGAAUCUCAUUGCACAUCCACUGCUUGCAGGAGCUGUACUUGUAUGUUCUGUGCCUCCUACAGGCAACAGUGGUCUUGUCUGGCGAUAUCUUUUAACCAAGCCAAUUGCUGCUAUCAAGGUGACACUCAGCUUGGCUGCCAAAGCUUUUGCAAAUUCAUUGCCACUGUGCAAAGAAACAUUUUUCUCAUCGACAAUGGAGGAUCACCUUGUCUUAAAGUAUCAGGAGCUCAUGAAAGCUAGCUCAAAGCUACCACUAUUUGACCUGAGGAAGCUUAAUGCAUCAUUACCUGUAUCUCCACCAGCAAAAGGCACAGUGAAGCUCCUCAUAAUGGGUGCAAGUGAUGACUUUAUAGUUGACACAGAAGGGCUCCAGGAGACGGCUACGUUUUAUGGUGUACAAGCAGUUUGCGUGGAAGGGGUCGCCCAUGAUGUGAUGCUAGACUCUAGGUGGGAGAAAGGUGCACAAAAGUUUCUAUCGUGGUUGCAGGAAUUGCAAAGAGAUCAGAUUUCUUGAUUCUUUUGAUGAAUCUUCAGAAGCUUCUUCAUCUCAGUGCACUGAAAGAAUCUUCUAAAAAAAUGUAACUAUUGGAAGUUUUGCCUCAAUGUACCUCUUAAAAUGUGCUCAAACCUCUCAGCCAAACUAUUAUUGUUCUUUUGUUGUUUCAUGUGUGGUUAUGACAGUUGAAAAUUUCCAUGACUAGUAUACUUUCAAACCUCGAGCUGCAA